AUGUGGCCAAGAGAAAUUUUAAGUAUAUCAGAAGUAAAUGCUCUGACUCCUAAACAAUUUGAAUGGCUUUUUGGAAAUAUUGUGGAACAUUAUCCAGAUGUUACACAAUAUGUAGCAUCUGUGAGACCAUUUGUAUUAGUCAAAAAUCUCAAAAAGACCUUUCAUGAUUAUUUGGAUACUUUACAUACUGUAGAAAAGAAAAAUAUAUUACUUAGAUAUCCAGAUUUAGCAGGAAGACUAGCAGAAGGAUUAACAUCUACAGAAUCUGAAUUUGGAGCAGCAAAUACUAAACUUGAAGCUAUGUCAAAAGAAGAAAAGAAGAUCCUAAGUACUUACAAUGGUCUAUAUAAAGCAAAGUUUCGAUUUCCAUUUGUAAUAUGUGAACAUGAAAUUAAAAUACAAACAAUUCUUACAGCAAUGCAAAUGCGUUUACAAAAUAUAAGACAGAAUGAAUUACAAAUUGCAAUGGAAGAAGUUAAAAAAAUGUGCAGCAAUAGAAUAGAUGAUCUGUGUAUUCAAUAA